UUGGAAGAUCACUGUACGUGCUGCAGAUACAAGGAUUGCGAGAAUGUCCGGCAGAGGAAAGACCGGUGGCAAAACACGGGCUAAGGCCAAGACUCGUUCAUCCAGAGCAGGCCUUCAGUUUCCUGUAGGCCGUGUCCACAGACUGCUCCGGAAAGGAAAUUACGCUGAGCGCGUUGGAGCCGGCGCUCCUGUUUACCUGGCUGCGGUGCUGGAAUACUUGACGGCGGAGAUCUUGGAGUUGGCGGGUAACGCGGCAAGGGAUAACAAGAAAACGCGCAUCAUACCUCGCCAUCUUCAGCUGGCUGUCCGUAACGAUGAAGAGUUGAACAAGCUGCUUGGCGGUGUCACCAUUGCCCAAGGAGGCGUGUUACCCAAUAUCCAGGCAGUGUUGCUGCCAAAGAAGACGUCCGGCACCGCCACGGCUCCCGUUAAAUCCUCGGGAAAGAAAGCGUCUCAGCAGUCCCAAGAGUAUUAGUUGCCGCCGCCUCUAAUGCAUGAAACCAAAGGCCCUUUCCAGGGCCGCCCACAACCGUAAAAAGAGCUAAUGGUUACUAACCGAGCACGUUUCUUGCGCCCCCGAAUACAUGAUAAAGGCGCUUUAUGUGCAAUUGGGGUGGGUAGCUUAUACAGCUGUAGGUGCCUGUAGAAAGGCGAUAGCUGCGGAAACGCUUUGUUUGAGAAAUGAACCCCGCUCCCCCCCGCCCGCAUGUGGC